AUGCAACCAAAAAAAAAUAAUUUCCGAUGCAACGCAACUCAAGCGUGUGAUCCUUGCAAGCUUUCUAAAUAUAAAUGUGAUCGCCUUGAUCAAUCUACUAAGUGCAGUAGAUGCACUAAAAAGAAUAGCGAAUGCACAUAUUUAUUUCAACAAGAAAAACGUGGUCCCAAACCUCGGAAACGCAGUCCCAGACCUCCGAAACGUGGUCCCAAACCUCGGAAACCCACACCUAAUACUACAUCUUCUCUUUCCAAUAAUACGCAUUCUCACAACAAUGAUUCUAAGUUGAGUGAAUUGAUUCGCGAUUUAUUUUGGGAGGCCAGAUGUGAUCUUUGUGAAAUAUAA